AGUGCCUUUGAAACCCUUCACACUACAGACUCCUCAGAGUGGCCGUGGAGCAAAACUGCCCGAAGAGUAGGAAGUCAUCCAAGGAUGUCAACAUAGGGUCCUCUUUUUCACUGGAUCUUGUUAUCAUUCCCAGACUGAUAAAAAGAGAGCUGUUGUGAGACAACAUGUCGGUUCAUCGCAAAGGAGGAAAAUCAGAUGUUCUACCUGACUUUCUGCAUCUGAAUGACCUGGGGUGUGAAACUAUUGGAGGAACGAUUUUGUUUGCUACAGAUGACUUCUUUGCUCCAGCAGAAAAUCUGUUAAAGAUACAAAAACCAAAAUUUCAUGCCGAGCUGUUCACUGAUUAUGGAAAGUGGAGGGAUGGAUGGGAGACUAGAAGAAGACGGAUUCCAGGUCAUGACUGGUGCAUCAUUCAACUGGGAGUGCCCGGCAUUAUUUAUGGGAUUGAGGCAGACACAUCUUACUUAGAAGGAAACUGCGCUCCUAAAAUAUCAGUCCAAGCUGCAUGCUUGCAGCCAGGAGAGGUACCAGCACUGCCACCAAGAGGUAACAGGAUAGGAACCGCAGCUUCAGAUGAAGAGUGUAAGGUUGUCAAGGAGAUGAGGUCAGAUGAAUGGACUUUCUUGGUUCCUGUGUCAGAGAUAAAAUCAGGAGAUCUUGACACUUGGCAGAAUUAUUUUGUUGUGACUUUGAAGCAAAGAUGGACUCACCUAAGACUCAACAUAUAUCCAGAUGGUGGGAUUGCACGUUUAAAAAUAUAUGGCACAAUGCUGAGAGACUGGACACUCUCUGGCUUAAAUCAACUCAGUGAUUUGGCUGCAAUGGUGAACGGGGGUGUUUGUGUUGGAUACAGUGAUGCUCAGUUGGGUCAUCCCCGAAAUAUCUUAGGAAUAGGCAGAGCAAAGUCCAUGAAAGAUGGAUGGGAAACAAGAAGAAAUUUGGAAAGGCCACCAGUUUUAAAAGUGGAUGACGACGGCAUUCUCCUUACGUUAGGAAACGAAUGGGCCGUCUUUCGAAUGGGCCAUGCAGGAGUAAUAACACACGUAGAAAUAGAUACCAGUCACUUUCAAGGAAACUUCCCGGAUACGUUUAAACUUGAAGCCUGUGUUUUGAGCACAGAAGAAGAAAAAGAAUGUAUUGCACGAAAAUGGAUGCCGAAACACAGUCCGAAAUGGAUUACGUUGUUGCCUCCAAUGAAGCUUAACCCACACAAAAGGCAUUUUUUUUAUGGAGCUGCCUUACAGAUACUGGAUGUGUUUACUCACGUGAGACUUACGAUUUUCCCAGAUGGAGGUAUAAGUAGGAUGCGUCUCUGGGGACUUCCAAGGGCUCUGUCUGACAGCACCAAGUAAAAAUCUGCACCGAAAAAGCCUCUGCAAAAAAUUCAUUUGCAGUUGCAUGAAAUGAAAUACACUAAUCUCUGUGUAUGCCUUCAUUGAAUUAUUUUUUUCCACAUAAUUAAUUCAAAUACAGUUCAUUUCAGAUAUACAAAAACACCAUUGUUCCUACUGCUUAAUCAAUAAAACAUUUAUUUGCUAA